ACCAUUCCCUGCAAGAGAGAGAGAGAGAGAGUGAGAGAGACACGAUGCCGAAAGUCAAGACGAAGCCCCGUUCUGGGAAGCAGAAGCGAGAAGGCAAAGCACCAGUAUCUGGCAUCAGGUUCAACACAGGAUUGGGCCAACAUAUUUUGAAGAAUCCCCUCAUUGUUAACAGCAUCAUAGAGAAGGCUUCCUUGUAUCCUACAGAUGUUGUUCUAGAGGUUGGCCCUGGCACUGGUAACAUGACAGUAAAAAUGUUGGAAAAGGUGAAAAGGGUAGUUGCCUGUGAGGUUGAUGUGAAGCUUGCUGGUGAACUUCAAAAAAGAGUGCAGGGCACACCUUUGGCUAACAAACUUGAAAUAAAAAUUGGAGAUGUAUUGAAAAGUGACCUGCCAUUUUUUGACGCUUGUGUAGCUAAUUUGCCUUAUCAAAUUUCUUCUCCUUUUGUUUUUAAGCUGUUGUUACAUCGGCCUUUCUUCAGGUGUGCAAUUCUUAUGUUCCAAAGAGAAUUUGCUCUUCGUUUGGUUGCAAAACCCGGCUCUCCUUUAUAUUGCAGACUCUCUGUUAAUACUCAGUUAUUAGCCCGUGUUGACCACUUGAUGAAAGUUGGAAAAAAUAAUUUUAAACCACCGCCCAAAGUUGAAUCCAGUGUUGUGAGGAUAGAACCAAAAAACCCUCCACCACCAAUCAAUUUUCAGGAAUGGGAUGGCCUGCUAAGGAUAGUCUUUGUCAGGAAAAAUAAGACACUUGCUGCAGUUUUCAAUUCAAAUGCUGUGAAACAAUUACUGGAACAAAAUUACCGAAUCCACUGCUCACAGAAUAACUUGGAAAUUCCUGAAAAUUUCAGUAUUGGAAAUCUCAUUCAUGAAAUUUUAAAAGACACUGGUUACUCAGAAAAGCGUGCACGAGUAAUGGAUAUUGAUGAUUUCAUCAGUCUUCUACAUGGCUUCAAUUCAAAAGGCAUCCACUUUUCCUGAAAGGAAGAAUGAAAUUGAAGAUGACAAACAGAAGAAUGUUUUAUAAAUAAAACAGCACUAUAAAGCCAUUCAUAAGGAAUGAGAGAUGUAUAUUUAUCAUGAAGUUUCAUUCUUGGAUGGAAUGGAGAAUCAAUGCAUUUAUACCAUGUGGAUUACUCUUCCAUGCCAUCCAGAGAAAAUAAAUUGCUCUGACUCAGCACAUUCAGAUGUUUUAAAUAAUCAGAUUAUGUGAAAUGGAUACAAAAGGCCACCUAUUGCAUUGCUUUUCUCCAGCUUCUCUGCUUCUUUGAGCAGGAUGUGAAUUUUUAUCCCGCCUGAUGUAGUUAGACUGCAACUCCCAUUAUCCCUCAACAUUGGAUAUACUAACCAGAGCUUAAAGUAAUUGCAAUCCAAAUGCAUCGAGAGGGCCACAUAUUUUUUCACUCCUGCUUUCAAAAAACAGAUGGAGUAUAUACCUCAACAAGCCUUAUAUAGGCUCUUCUGAUAAGUUCCAGUCUUUUUGUUGCCUUGUUUUAUGUUUAAUAUUAAAUAUUUGUCUUAUGUUUAACUAGCCAAAUAAGUAUAGCUAUUCUUUUUGGAAGAAUACAUGGAUCUGAGAGAGGAAAUAGUGUUGUCUUGGUGCCAAACCUGGUCUUUUAGAUUUUAAUCAAGCUGCUCCAUUUUUCUCUACAGCAAUAAUUAUUUUGUAUCAGACUUUUCCUGACAAUUGCUAAUACUUUUUAAUAAUAAAAGCUCUUCAGUAGCAGCUUUAAAUGUUA